CGCGGCUUCCGCGAACAUGGCGGCGCCGUAGCCCGGGCGCAGGAGCAGCGGACGCGGGCAGCAGGCCGUGUGCAAGCUCGGGGCGACGAUGGCGACCCCCGACCAGAAGUCGCCCAACGUUCUGCUGCAGAACCUGUGCUGCCGGAUCCUGGGCAGGAGCGAAGCUGGCGUAGCCCAACAGUUCCAGUUUGCUGUACGAGUCAUUGGCAGCAACUUUGCCCCUACUGUUGAAAGAGAUGAGUUCCUAGUAGCUGAAAAGAUCAAGAAAGAACUUAUCCGGCAGAGGAGAGAGGCGGACGCAGCACUGUUCUCUGAGCUCCACAGGAAGCUGCACUCGCAGGGAGUUUUGAAAAAUAAGUGGUCCAUACUCUACCUCCUGCUGAACCUCAGUGAGGACCCUCGCAAGCAAGCUAGCAAGGUGUCCAGCUAUGCUUCCCUGUUCGCGCAGGCCUUGCCUAGAGAUGCCCAUUCCACUCCCUACUACUGCGCCCGGCCACAGACGCUCCCGCUCAACUACCAGGACCGGAGCACCCAGGCGGUGCCCAGCGUGGGCAGCCUGGGCAGCAGCGGCAUCAGCAGCAUCAGUGCGUGCACCCUCGGCGGUCCCGGGCCUGGCCCGCAGCCUCUGUUCCCGGGACAGUCCCAUCAAGGCCCCGGUGUGGGGGACUGCCUCCGACAGCCGUUGGGCUCACGCCUCGCGUGGACUCUGACUGCCAGUCCACCGUCUUCCCAAACCCCGACUUCCAAGGGUGUCCCGAACGCAGUGUCCCGCAGCGUGGCACGGUCCAGGAGAGACGGGGACUCGAGUGGUACUAUGGAAAUUACUGAAGCAGCUCUCGUGAGAGACAUCUUGUACGUCUUCCAGGGCAUAGAUGGCAAAAAUAUCAAAAUGAACAGCACUGAAAAUUGUUAUAAAGUAGAAGAAAAGGCAAACCUGAACAAGUCUUUGCGGGACACAGCAGUCAGACUUGCUGAGUUGGGAUGGUUGCAUAAUAAGAUCAGAAAGUACACCGACCAGAGGAGCCUGGACCGCUCAUUUGGACUAGUAGGUCAGAGCUUUUGUGCCGCCUUGCAUCAGGAGCUCAAGGAAUACUACCGGCUACUCUCUGUUUUACACUCCCAGCUACAGCUACAGGACGAUCAAGGGGUCAGCUUGGGACUUGAGAGCAGCCUGACUCUGCGGCGCCUCCUGGUUUGGACCUAUGACCCCAAAAUAAGACUGAAGACCCUUGCGGCCCUGGUGGACCACUGCCAAGGGAGGAAAGGAGGGGAGCUGGCCUCCGCUGUCCACGCCUACACAAAGACGGGAGACCCAUACAUGCGGUCACUGGUGCAGCACAUCCUGAGCCUGGUGUCUCACCCCGUCCUGAGCUUCCUCUACCGCUGGAUCUACGACGGGGAGCUCGAGGACACAUACCACGAGUUUUUUGUAGCAUCAGAUCCAACAGUUAAAACCGAUCGACUGUGGCAUGACAAGUAUACUUUGAGGAAAUCCAUGAUUCCUUCUUUUAUGACAAUGGAUCAAUCUAGGAAGGUCCUUUUGAUAGGAAAAUCAAUAAAUUUCUUGCAUCAAGUUUGUCACGAUCAGACACCCACUACAAAGAUGAUAGCUGUGACCAAGUCUGCAGAGUCCCCCCAAGAUGCUGCGGAUUUAUUCACAGACUUAGAAAAUGCGUUUCAAGGGAAAAUUGAUGCUGCUUAUUUUGAGACCAGCAAAUAUCUAUUGGAUGUUCUCAAUAAAAAGUACAGCUUGCUGGACCACAUGCAGGCGAUGAGGCGGUACUUGCUUCUUGGUCAAGGAGACUUUAUAAGGCACUUGAUGGAUUUGCUGAAACCAGAACUUGUCCGUCCGGCAACGACUCUGUAUCAGCAUAACCUGACCGGGAUUCUGGAAACCGCUGUGAGAGCCACCAACGCGCAGUUCGACAGCCCCGAGAUCCUGCGGCGGCUGGACGUCCGGCUGCUGGAGGUCUCUCCAGGUGACACGGGAUGGGAUGUCUUCAGCCUGGAUUACCACGUGGAUGGGCCCAUCGCCACGGUGUUCACUCGGGAGUGCAUGAGCCACUACCUGCGGGUGUUUAACUUCCUGUGGCGGGCCAAGCGCAUGGAGUAUAUCCUCACCGACAUCCGGAAGGGGCACAUGUGCAACGCGAAGCUGCUGAGGAGCGUGCCAGAGUUCUCGGGGGUGCUGCACCAGUGUCACAUCCUGGCCUCGGAGAUGGUGCAUUUCAUCCACCAGAUGCAGUACUACAUCACGUUCGAGGUGCUGGAGUGCUCAUGGGAUGAGCUCUGGAACAGAGUGCAGCAGGCCCAGGACCUGGACCACAUCAUCGCGGCACAUGAGGCCUUCCUGGACACCAUCACCUCACGCUGUCUGCUAGAUGGUGACUCCAGGGUACUUUUAAACCAACUCAGAGCAGUGUUUGAUCAAAUCAUUGAGCUUCAGAACACUCAGGACGCAAUAUACCGAGCCGCCCUGGAAGAAUUGCAGAGACGAUUGCAGUUUGAAGAGAAAAAGCAGCAGCAUGAGGUGGAGGGCCAGUGGGGAGUGACAGCGGCAGAUGAGGAGGAGGAGAACAGGAGGAUUCAGGAAUUUCAAGAGUCCAUACCGAAAAUGUGUUCCCAGCUGCGGAUCCUGACGCACUUUUAUCAGCAGGGCCCUCAGCGCUCCGGUCAGCACGACUGCCAGGGAGUGAGCAGCAGCUUGUCACGGGCUGCUUGGUAUCGUGCAGCAGUUUCUGGUGUUAUUGACGACCAGCCCUGAUGAAAGUCUCCGGUUCCUCAGCUUCAGGCUGGACUUUAACGAGCACUACAAGGCCAGGGAGCCCAGGCUCCGAGUGUCUCUGGGCUCCAGGGGACGGCGCACGUCCCACACGUGAGGGCAGAAGACUCCGUCUGUUCACACCAGCUCACGACGGGUGGUCGGGGGCCAGCUUGCCACUGGCGGCCGCCUCUGCCUGAGGGCUGUAGUGUGUGUCGGUGGCCUGGCAUCCAGCAGGGUUGCAGUCACGCGGUGUCCACCAGAAGCGAAUGUGCCGUUGCUGGGUUGGUAGACUGCGCCCUCUGGUCAGCUCAUCUGGGCCAUGCUCACAGUGCAGACGCCAGGACGCGGGGUGGGGUGGGGGUGGGGGGGCUGCGUGCGCACUCCAGGGUGUCGCUUGUAUUGAUCACAGUCCUGUUAGCCAGCAUAGGGCGUGGUGUGUUCAGAAUAAUGUCAAUGCUAUUUUUUUAACAUCCUCUUUAGAGGAAGUUUUUGUUACCAUAAUAAACUGAAACAAGAUGUCCCUGCUAAGAAAACACAGAGCAUUUUAUUUGGGUUUUUGUGUUGUGAAAUGCUCACCUGCGAGUGUAUUUAUCUUAAUGCUCCCCUUUGUUUGCUUGCUCUUACCUCUUCUCGCAAGGUUUACAUUUUUAUAUUUCCUGUUUCGUGUAACUUCCAAACCAGUACAGAGAAGAGUAGGAGCGGCCCGGAACACAAGCAGAUGUAGCCCAGGCCUCGAGAAGCCCUUGGCCAGAGCGGUGUGUAAAUACAGAUGACUCAAGGGUAAAUGAAGGAUUGUAUUUUCAGAUUCUUCCAAGCACUGGAAAGAAAUUGACUUGGAUAAUGAAGACUUCCUUUUUCCUCACCUAUUUUUUCACUGUAAAUAUUUAUAUACUACUGACCAGAUGUUGGGAGGAACGGUUUUUUGUAAAAGCAAAAUGUCAUAUCAAGUCACAUAAAUCUGCCUUUUUUUCAUGUUAUGUAGUAUGAACUUGGAAAUUAAAACAGUUACCUUUCAGAUUCA